CGACAAGCCAUUUAUCAUCGCAGUAGCAGCAGCCGACGAAUCGUCGUGCCUUGCUGUUAGGUUCUGGCUGUAUUUAUUUUUUUUCACUUUCCCCGCUGCCGCAUAUCUGCAGGCGUAUUUAGCGAUCCAUUUUACUUCUCCAAGCUUGAGUUAGACAAAUCGGCCGAUCGUUUAUACGUAGCGAUAAACGAUAUUAAUAAUAUACAUUAAAUUAAUAGAAUUCACAAGUCCCGGGGCGUUGAACAAAGUCGGUGUGAUUAUGGUCGUCGGGGUAUUUCCAGCCCUUAAACUGGGCAUGCUGCUGAUCAAACAGAUCAGCAAACCACUGGCCCAAAUGUUUGUCAAUCAGGCAAAAAAUCAUCCGGUUUUCAGAACUUACUUCAUCAUACCACCUGCUCAGUUUUACCAUUGGGCGGAGGUCAAGGGAAAGAUGUAUCUUAUGAAUCUUGGUAAGCCAACCAAGGUAGCAAAGUUGAACGAAGCAAUGGCUAUUGAGCUGGGGGCCAACCUGAUGGGGGAGGUGAUCAUUUUCAGCAUUGCCGGUGGUUGUAUCAUGUUGGAGUAUUCUCGGCAGGCAGCAAAAGAGGCAAAAAAAGAGGGAGUACGCUUGGCCCAGAUUCAACAAUUUACUAACGAUAUAGAAUCGUUGUAUGGUACAACAUUGCGUCAAGAGGUCGAAAUUCGCCGAUUGGAGAGCGUUGUGAGUCAGUUAGCAAGCCGUGCAAAAAUUACAUUACCCAGAGAUACGGGAUAUGACGUGAAAAGCUCUGGCGAUAGUGAACCAGAAGCAGUUCAAGAAAAGCACUGUGCAACAGAUGACAAGAGUAACAACAGGACGGACAGUCUAAACAAGGGAAAUGUUGAACACAGUCAAUCAUUGGUUGAUCGUGCUAUCGUUUACUUUGAAAAUGAUGUCAGAAGAGAAAAGCUAAGUUAAUUUCUAGUUUAUUUUUUAAUGACCCGACAGACUCUGAUUGGACUUUCCCUUCUGCAUUCUUGUUCCCACCCUUGUAUAUAGUAUGACAUAAAAAACUUUGAGGAAACCGCGUACACUUGUGUUUAUAAUAUCAAUAAAUAUAUAUCUAUAU